UGUUAUCGUACUGAAAUCAGGGAGAGACAUGCACACAGACAUGCACUGUGUGAAACUUCCUUUCUUUUGGUGACACAAGUCACUUAGUAUCAGACGGACUUUCACAAUCACAACCUGAAGCUUCUCGGUCGGAUCAGUGGUGAGAAAAAUUUUACACAAAGAUGACUCAGACAAACAUCAGUUAUGUUACCAGCAAAGUCCCAGAAGAGCCGGUUGAACCGUGUUACAGGGAUGAUGAUAACAUACUGGGAGCAAAUCUGUCUUACAUUUACUACUUCAUGUUUGUCUUCAAUGUUAUCACCAACCUGCUGGUUCUGGUUGUCAUCCACCGGUUCCAGAGGCUGACCACUGUGAUCAACAUCUUGCUGGUCAACCUGGUGGCGUCCUCCCUGAUCUUAAUGAGCAGCCUUCCCUUCCAGGCCGUCUACAUGCAGAUGUCUGACUGGAUUUUUGGCUCAGCUAUGUGCAAGAUCGUCUUCAGUGCCUACUACAUGGGUUUUUACAGUUCUGUUUUCUUUUUAACUCUGCUGACUAUUGAUCGCUAUGUUUCUGUUGUAUUUUCACUGACCUCAACAAAUGUGAGGAAUCAUCGUUACGCAGUGAUUUCCUGUGCAGUGGUGUGGGUGAUCAGUGGUUUGGCUUGCAUUAGGCCCAUGAUCCUCCAUGGCACCUAUAAGCAUUUGGGCACGAUGCACUGUGAGGAGUUUGCUAACAUUGAUGAUUUGAAUGUAGAGAUGCUCAAAAGAUCUGGGUUUUAUAUUCAGCUUUUUGUCUUCUUUAUCCUCCCUCUGGCUAUUAUCAUAUUUUGUUAUGUUAGGAUUGUGAUCACCAUUAAAAAAUCCCAAUUGGCUUCUAAAUUCCAAGCAGUCAGGAUGAUAUUUAUGAUCGUAGUUUUGUUCUUCAUCUGCUGGAUCCCUUUUAACAUUGUAGAACUCCUGCAUUAUGAAUUAGAGUCUCUUUUGAGCUGUGAAGCUAAAAAGAAACUCGGUUACGCUCUUCAUGUCACCCGCAACAUGGCGUACAUUUACUUCUGCAUCAGUCCAAUGUUUUAUACACUUAUGAAAAGGGAAUUCCAGGAACACUUCAAACAGCUGCUGGUGAAAUGUUUCCCAGGCCUGAAGAAACACAUUUUGGUCAACAAAGAUGACAGAACAGCAAUUCCCACGAUAGGAACUGAUGAUGGGAAGCAACGUGAGUCUUUCUUAAACACUCCUGAAAACACUCUGUGAGUUUGCUCUCGCUUCCACCAAGUCAACGAAGGGAGCAAACACGGGGGGAAGGCUUUGAUGCUAAAAACCACCGCGUGAUCGUUACGUGCAAGAAAAAGUUUCAUGGUUUUUGCAUUUUAUUUCGACAUUGUAAGCACCUCAAUAAAUUCAUUAAAUAGAGCAAUAGUUGUUAGGCUGUUCAGACUGAAAGCAUCUUUAGAGGAAAAGAAACUGCAGCUUUAUUCCCCUGCCUCUACAAGACUGAUAAAACACGGGA